GCGGUCUGGAGUUUUAUUGAAUAGAGCAGAGUGUAUUAGGCUGCCUGCCUGCCUGCCCUCUUGCUGUGCUUCUGCUUAAAGAAAUCAGUCCUUCCUCUCCGACUUAGUCCCUGGGAAGAAGUUUCAGCCUGAGAGAUCCAGACAUUAUCUGGUCUCCCUAAAUCUGAACCCAUACCAUGGAUGAUUUUGAACGUCGCAGAGAACUUAGGAGGCAAAAGCGGGAAGAGAUGCGUCUGGAAGCAGAAAGAAUCGCCUACCAGCGGAACGACGAUGAUGAGGAAGAGGCCGCCCGGGAACGGCGCCGCCGUGCCCGGCAGGAAAGGCUGCGGCAGAAGCAAGAGGAAGAAUCCUUGGGACAGGUGACUGACCCAGUGGAGGUCAAUACCCAGAACAGUGUGCCCGACGAGGAGGUCAAGACGACCACCACAGACAUUCAGGUGGAGGCCGACGAUGAGGCUGCACUCCUGGAGCGCCUGGCCCGGCGGGAGGAAAGACGCCAGAAACGCCUUCAGGAAGCACUGGAGCGCCAGAAGGAUUCUGACCCAACAAUAGCAGAUGCAAGUUUGUUGCUACCCAGCAGAAGAAUGCAAAACAACACAACAGAAAAUGAAAUGGCAGAGAAGGAAGAAAAAAGCGAAAGUCGCCGAGAAAGAUACGAGAUAGAGGAAACAGAAACAGUCACCAAGUCCCACCGGAAGAAUGACUGGAUGGAUGCUGAAGAGAAAAAGGAAGAAGAAAAAGAAAAGGAGGAAGAGGAAGAAGAGAAGCCAAAGCAAGGGAGCACCGAAGAAAAUCAGGUAGAGGUGGUGGCAGAAGAGAAAGCAGCAGAAACCCAGGAGGAAACAGUAAUGUCAUUGAAAAAUGGGCAAAUUGGUACAGAUGAGCCUAAGACAGAAGAGGAGAGGGAAAAAGGCUCAGAUGAGGUUCCCCAUAAUGAAAAGAUGGAACAGGAAGCAAGGGAAAGAGCCGAGGCAGAAAGGGCCAGGUUGGAAGCAGAAGAAAGAGAGAGAAUUAAAGCUGAGCGAGAACAACAGAUAGCAGAGGAGAAAGCAAGAAAGGAAGCAGAAGAAAAAGCAGCUGCACAAGAGAGAGAAAGAUGGGAGGCAAAAGAGAGGGAAAGGAUUAAGGAGGAGGAGAGAAGGGCAGCAGAGGAGAGGCAGAGGGCAAAGGCAGAGGAAGAAGAGAGAGCUAAGAUAGAAGAGCAAAAACGUAAGAAGCAGCUAGAAGAGAAAAAAAGGGAAAUGCAAGAGAAAAAGAUAAAAGGGGAAAAGGUAGAGGAGAAAACAGAAGGGAAGUGGGUCAAUGAAAAGAAAGUACAAGAAGAUAAACUUCAGACAGCUGUCCAAAAGAAACAGAUCAAAGAUGAGAAGACUAAAAAGGACAAAGAAAGCAAAGAAGUUAAGAGCUUCUUGGAUGGAAAGAAGGGAUUUACAGAAAUGAAGUCACAGAAUGGAGAAUUCAUGACCCACAAACUUAAACACACUGAGAAUACUUUCAGCCGCCCUGGAGGGAGGGCCAGCGAGGCCAAGGAGGCUGAAGGUUCUUCCCAAGUGGAAGCCGGCAAGCGGCUGGAGGAGCUGCGCCGCCGCCGCGGGGAAACAGAAAGCGAGGAGUUUGAGAAGCUCAAGCAAAAGCAGCAGGAGGCAGCCUUGGAGCUGGAGGAGCUGAAGAAGAAGAGGGAGGAGCGAAGGAAGGUCCUGGAGGAGGAGGAGCAGAGGAGGAAGCAGGAGGAAGCAGAGCGAAAAGUCAGAGAGGAGGAAGAGAAGAGGAGGCUAAAGGAAGAGAUUGAAAGGCGAAGGGCAGAAGCUGCUGAGAAACGCCAGAAGAUUCCAGAAGAUGGCUUAUCAGACGACAAGAAGCCCUUCAAGUGUUUCACUCCUAAAGGUUCAUCUCUCAAGAUAGAAGAGCGAGCAGAAUUUUUGAAUAAGUCUGUGCAGAAAAGCAGUGGUGUUAAACCAACUCAUCAAGCAGCAGUAGUCUCCAAGAUUGACAGCCGACUGGAGCAAUACACCAGUGCAAUUGAGGGAACAAAAACUGCAAAACCUACGAAGCCGGCAGCCUCGGACCUUCCUGUUCCUGCCGAAGGUGUCCGCAACAUCAAGAGCAUGUGGGAGAAAGGCAAUGUGUUCUCAUCACCCACUGCAUCAGGCACGCCAAAUAAGGAAACGGCCGGCUUAAAGGUGGGGGUCUCCAGCCGCAUCAACGAAUGGCUAACCAAAACCCCAGACGGAAACAAGUCACCUGCUCCCAAACCUUCGGAUUUGAGGCCAGGAGACGUAUCUGGCAAGCGGAACCUCUGGGAAAAGCAAUCUGUGGACAAAGUCACUUCCCCCACUAAGCAGGUUUGAGACAGUUCAAGAAAGAACCCAAAGUAGCCGCUCAAGAUGCUGGACCAGCUCAGUUGAAGAGGGCUAAUUUGCUCUGUUUUAUAUUUAUGUUGAUUUACUAAAUUGGGUUCAUUUCCUUUUGUUUUGUUUUUCAUUAUCCCAGUAAAUCCAUGUAUAUUAUCACUAUAUUUAAUAAUCACGGUCUAGAGAUGUUCAUGGUAAAAGUAUUGCCUUUGCACAGGAGCCUGUUUCUAAAGAAACCCAUGCUGUGAAAUAGAGACUUUUCUACUGACCAUCAUAGCUCUGUGUCUGAACAGUGAUAUCAACCACAUCGGAAGUCAACAAAAGGAGAUUCAAGUUGAAAAUUGCCUGAGGAAUGUGUGCAGUAUCCAGAAAAAUGAACCAUAGUGUUUUGUUUGUUUGUUUGUUUUUUAAAUACAGAAAUCAUGUUGUUUCUGCACUUUAGAAUAAAGCAUGGAAGAAAUUAUCUUAGUAGGCAAUUAUAACACUUUGUGAAAGUAACCCAUUUCAGAUUUUAGAUACUACAAUAAUAAUUGUCUUUAAAAAAAAAAGAUGUACUGUUAAGGUAUUACUUUUUUCAUGCUGAUGAAUAUCUAAAUUGGAUUUUGAUGUUAGCUGACAGUGGUACUGAUUUCUUUAGGUUGGUUGCUUUGUGGAUUUCUUUGGUAGUGAUAGUGAACCACAUUUUAGAUGACGUGAUCAUGUAUGUAUGUGCAUACACAUAUACAAACACACUAAUGGUAGAAAGCUUUUUUAUGUGCUAGGCUAUUAUAUUUAGCAGUAUGUCCCUGUAACUAGCCAAUAUCACUGCUUUUUAAAAAUUAAAAA